AUGAAGGAAAGCAGUGAUGGGUUUGUGAGAGCAGAUCAGAUUGAUCUAAAAAGUCUUGAUGAACAAUUGGAGAGGCAUCUUAAUAGAGUAUUAACUCUUGAAAACAAGAACAAGAGAGAAGAUGAUGUUGUUGUUGAUGCUGCUAAUCUCACAUCUACCCCUUCUACCACGAAAAUCACCCCUUUCAAGAAGCAGAGGCAGGAAUGGGAGAUCGACCCUUCUAAGCUCGCAAUCAAGACUGUCAUUGCACGUGGCACCUUUGGCACUGUCCACCGUGGUGUCUACGAUGGCCAGGAUGUCGCCGUUAAACUGCUUGACUGGGGUGAAGAGGGUCAAAGGACAGAAGCUGAGAUUUCAGCGCUAAGAUCAGCUUUUUCUCAAGAAGUUGCUGUUUGGCAUAAGCUUGAUCAUCCCAAUGUUACUAAGUUUAUAGGGGCGACAAUGGGUUCAGCAGAGCUACAAAUACAAACUGCAAAUGGUCAAAUUGGGAUGCCAAAUAAUAUAUGUUGUGUUGUUGUGGAAUAUCUUCCUGGGGGUGCCCUGAAAUCCUACCUUAUAAAGAACAGGAGAAGAAAGCUAGCUUUUAAAGUUGUUGUUGAGCUGGCACUUGAUCUUGCAAGAGGGUUAAAUUACCUUCACUCCCAGAAGAUCGCUCACAGAGAUGUAAAGACUGAAAACAUGCUAUUGGAUAAGUCACGGACCGUAAAAAUUGCUGACUUUGGUGUUGCUCGUAUUGAGGCUUCAAAUCCUAAUGAUAUGACUGGGGAGACAGGUACACUUGGAUACAUGGCUCCUGAGGUUCUCAAUGGCAAUCCCUAUAAUAGGAAAUGCGACGUGUACAGUUUCGGCAUCUGUUUAUGGGAGAUAUAUUGCUGUGACAUGCCAUAUCCUGACCUUAGUUUCUCAGAAGUAACUUCAGCUGUGGUCCGCCAGAAUCUAAGACCAGAGAUACCAAGGUGUUGCCCAAGCUCUCUAGCAAAUGUAAUGAAGCGUUGCUGGGAUGCUAACCCUGACAAGCGCCCUGAGAUGGAUGAGGUUGUCUCCAUGUUGGAGGCCAUUGAUGUAUCAAAAGGCGGGGGUAUGAUCCCUCCUGAUCAACAGGGGGGUUGUUUUUGCUUCCGCAGGCAUCGAGGCCCUUGA